CUCGGCUGUGUGUUUAGAGUUUACUACAUCAGGUCACCAGUCUACUUGCAGAAACAUCGCAUGUGCUUCAUGAUUGCAAGUGAUCCACCUGGACGUGAACACCAGCGUCUAGAAUGUGAGCACUGCAGAGCAGGUUCGGUCACCAGUUUCAUCAAACUUUUCUUGUUGGCUUGUACUGUGAAUGAAGGGAAUAUAUUCUCCCUGGAAUGGGAUACAUCAAGGGUCUCUGACCCUUGGCCACUUCCCAGCAGGGGAUAUGGUGCUGCCUCGGGACUCUCGCCUAAAGGAUAUUUACUGUACGUUGACUGAAGACAUUAUUUUGCGCCUGGCUUCUCUUCACACAAACCCAGGAGACACUGUAGUACCGGUUGGUUAUCAAUGCUAUUCAUACUAUUGCCGCCGAGAGUGACAGCCUCUAUAAUAAGACGCUUCACUUUUACGGAGAAUGACGACCUAGACACUUUUCAUGCUGCCUCGCUGGGCAGCUGAAAAGUCAAUACGCGGUUAUUGAUGUUUGCCUAUGAUUGUUGAUUGUACUGUCUUCAUUCGGGAUAGUGAAUCGACCGGCUGGGAUGCUCGAAUUGGAGAGAUGCACUGCGAAGAGUCAGUGGAAAGGACUGUCAGUUUAUGAUCUCUUAAAACAUGCUGGCUGCAAGUAACUGUGGACUCUAGGAGCAGGUAAUAAUAGGGUAUUAAUAGCGCGCCCGAUCGGC